AUGGCCAUCCUGAAGAGACGUCCCGAGCUUGCGGCCCUAUUCGACGGCCUGGCCAGCUUUGACCACGAGCGCCAGCUGAAAUCAUGCGCCACAUUGUGCGAAAUCGAUCUCGAGAAGGGCGUGCUCGACUACAGCUUGAAUCGUCUAAUCAAGGGCUUGUCGUCGGGUCGCGGGGAAGCACGCUAUGGGUUUUCGACCGGAUUAAUUAUGCUGUUGCCACGGAUAUCCGCGAAAACCCCGUUGGCCGAUCUGUGGAAAUCGGUUGAGGAGAAGCUUUCGUUAAGGGACAAGGAUCAAGCAUCCGCGAACGCAAUUGGCCAAUAUCUAUUUCUGUUCUCGGUGGCGCAAUCCGGAGCUUAUGUCAAGGACGCACCGUUUGUGCUCACGAAACUGUUGGCGCUGCUCCCGAAGCAUUCCUUCCUACACGAAGGCAUCUGGGCAGCGAUUGAAAAGGUAUUUUCUGGCGGUGCCGGCAAGCAGAAGCCCUCCCAGUCUACCGAGCCAUUCUACCUCGUCAGCAAUUGUGUCGACUCACUUUUCAAAAUCAAGGUCCGCGCCGGUCAAUCAGCCUCCGUGACAGUGCCCGAAAAUGCCAUCGAAUUGCUGACAAUCUUCGCCACAGCUCUGGCGAAGAUAAAGUUAGAUGUUUUGCAAAGUGCAAGGAAACAGUUCAAAGAUAAGGAUACGGCCACGAAUGACGCUUUCUACUUGGUCUGGGUGUGCAUACAGUUGUGGGCAUCGUUAACACCGGACGAGGAAGAGAAAGAUUCGUAUAAGUCGGCCGGCGAGGAGUUGCUGACCAUUGCCUCAAAUUUUUCGCGCGACGAUUCACAUGAGGUAUUGCUCGACUGGAUCGUGGGUCUCCUUUCGCAGGAACAUCGCUUCCACCGUGCCCCGAUCCAAUACCUAUUCGCACACCUACUGCCCAGAUUUAGCGCGGCCACGCUAGAGCAAUUGAUUGAGACGAUCGGCCGAACCGACGUGGAGCUGCUGGCCGGUGAGCAGGAAGAAAUGGAGGUUGACGAGGAUGACGACGAAUUCGCACCCAUUGACCCUUCUGAAAUCCCAACAAAAGGCGAAGAUGAUGACAGCGACGACGAUGAUGGCGCUUCUGUCGACUCCGACCCGGAUGCGGAGGUAGACCCAGAAUUGGUGCGCAAGCUGAAGGAAGCGUUGGGCAAACAUGCGGCCGUCUCCGAUGACGAGGAUAAUGAGAGCGUCUUGUCGGCCGGGCCCACCGACGAAGAGAUGUUCAGGCUAGACGAGGGGUUGGCCGCUGCUUUUUCGAUGGCAAACGGGAAGGAGGAUAAGAAAAAGGAAGCCAAGCAGUACUCGCGGAUCGCCCAGGCGUUGCGAAUGAAAUUGCUGGACCUGCUGCUUGUCGCCAUCUCUUCCGCUGACACGCCUGCAAAUGUUAAAUUUAGCCUAGCCCUUCCUUUGGUGGCGCUGAUCAAAAAGUUGAGCAGCCGUGAGGGUGAAGACGCAUCGGUCCGCAAGGCCUACGACCUGAUCGGCAUCUUGACGCAUAUUAAAAAGAUUGAUGUUGGCAAGAAGGAGCUCACCCAGGUGCUGAAGAAGUUCUUUGGCGAGACCUGGGACACGACGGGGGCGGUGAUCAAGAAGAUGGUCGAGGAUAUGUCGGCAUGGCUGUUCAUCCUUGGCGCCAAGAGUGCCGAGUCACCCGAAAAGAAGCACAAGGCCCUGUUUACGGCUCGUAUGACGGAAGCCUUAAAAGACCAAACAAAGAAGCUGACGAUUGAGACUGUCACUGGAGCUUACAAUCAUUACCCGGUAUCAUUCGCAUCGGAGCUUCCCACGCUUGUUGCUUACGGAUUCGACGAGGAUGUGGCCGAGUUUAAGAGGUCUGAAGCCCUGAACUGCGCCACGUCGCUGCUUCGAAAGGAUCUCGCCAUCGAUGGAGCAGUUGCAACGGAACUUGCCGCGCAGAUUUCCAAGCUUUUCCAGGAGAUCAUCAGCAACCCGAAGGCGGUCAGCGCGCGACAAUUUUCGGCCGUGCUCAAAUUCACGUCAAAGCUCGUGCCAAUUCUUGACGGUGAUCUGAAGCGGACGUUGGCAGCCGGCCUGGCGCAGCCGCUCGACGACUUCCUUGGAGCCACCGAUUUUUGGGCACCUGGUGGCCCGGCGAAGAAGUACAACGCGAAUUGUCAGCAGGUAAAUGGCAAGUCGCCGAUCGCCGUCCUGAAGGCAAUCCAGAAGUCCCUCGCC